AUGGCAGUGGCACCUUGUAACAAGGCGGGCCAACCAAACCCCACAGUGAAGUUAUACGUGGUGAAUUUGUACGGGCCGACCCAUACACAGGAGCUCACACCACCAGACAGCCUCAAAAUAAGGGAGCACUAUGUAGCCAUGGUCAAGUGGAUCAGUAAAACCAAGACAACGGUCAGGUGGAUGAGCCGUGCCCAGAAUGUGUCAAUCCUGACCGUGUGUGACACCACCACAGGAGCCUGUGUUAAGAGGCAUGAGGAGACCUCAGAGCUCUGGCUUUCCAAGCAGAACCAGGAACCAGUGUUCUCCAGGGACGGCAGCAGAUUCUUCCUGACGGUGCCCGUCAAGCAAGGCGGGCGCGGAGAGUUCCAUCACAUCGCCAUGUUCACCACACAGUUCAGAGCAGAUCAAAAUGAAGUCCGCCAUCUUACAUCAGGGAACUGGGAAGUAACUAAGAUCCUGGCCUAUGAUGAGAGCAACGACAACAUUUAUUUCCUCAGCACUGAAGGCUCACCACGGAGAAGACAGCUUUUCAGUGUGAAGACUGUGGGGUUGUUCCCUCGACACUGUCUGACGUGUGAGCUAAAUAAGGCCCACUGUCUGUUCUUCGAUGCUGAGAUAAACCCCAGUGAUCAGCACAUCCUCCUCCACUGUAAAGGUCCGGGAGCACCCACUGUGAUCUUACACAGCCUCAAUAAUUCCAAUUACUACAUCCUUGAGAACAACUCUUUACUGAAGGCAGCUUUGAAGAUCAAGAGGAUUCAAAUGACGGACUUCAGAACAAUCCAGAUGGAACAUUUUGAUCUGCCUUUGAAGAUCUCCUACCCACCAGACUUUUCUGAAUCACGUCACUAUGGCCUGCUUCUGGUAGUCGAUGGCUCCCCCGGUGGCCAGGCUGUGAGCGACCGAUUCAUUCUGGACUGGGACUCGGUUCUGGUCAGCUCGGAUAACAUCAUUGUGGCUCGUCUAGACGGCAGAGGGAGUGGCUUCCUGGGCCAGAGGGUUCUACAUGAGGUCCACCAACGUUUGGGGACAGUAGAGGUGCAGGAUCAAAUCACAGCUGUGGAAUACAUGUUGACAUUCCCGUACAUUGAUCGUACACGGAUAGGAGUAUUUGGGAGGGGCUAUGGUGCCUAUAUUACAUUAAUGAUGCUCAAAUCAACAGACAGCCUGUUAAAAUGUUCCGUAGCAAUGUCCCCAGUCACAGACUGGAAACUAUAUGCAUCAGCAUUUUCUGAGAGGUACCUCGGCAUGCCAUUACGGGACGACAGCAGAUAUCAGUUCUCCAGUGUGUUGCAGAACGUCCAGCCACUGAGGGAACAGACUCUGAUGCUUGUACACGGCACAGCAGAUGCCAAUGUCCACUUUCAGCAUACUGCUGAGCUCAUCAAGAACCUUGUGAAAGUUGGAGCAAACUACUCGAUGCAGAUCUAUCCAGAUGAGGGUCAUUUCCUGUCCCAGAGAAGUAGGCUGCACCUCUUUGCCUCGCUCACCAGCUUCUACAGGGAGUGUCUCAAGGAAGAGAUCCUACCGCUGCCCGAUGAUGAUGAGGAGGAGGAAGAGUAG